AUGGCACGAUACGCCCAGUUCGAUUUCUACCAACAAUCCCCCUCAACGCUAGACGUGCCUCCAUCCGAAGAAGAUGAAAUGAGUGUCCUCGACGAUAAAAUUCUCGACUCAACUUCCCCCGGCCUCUCCGACCCCCGCCGCCCCUCCUACGACACAGAUCCAACCGCCUUCUCACAUCGCAACUCCGUCUGGUCCAACUACUCCCAUGCCAGUUCCGACCAGUCGCAGUCCCGACCAUCCCAUCUCCCCCACUCCGUCCUCGACUCAACAAGCGGGCAGUUCAUGGCCGUUGACGGACCGCAGCCCUACGCGCCGCCCCAGGCAUCAUGGGCGCUCUCCCGCACCGCCUCCGGCUCUUGCACCCCCACCGCAUACGACCAGUAUCCCUCCGAGGCAGAGCAAACCGCUACCUCGGGGCCGUUCUCUGGUGGUGCGGUCGGGCCGGUUGGUGCGAUCCCCAUGGGUGCGGUUUCGUAUCGCGGCGCGGUGAACUUUGCCGCGCCGCCUGGAACGGGCGGGGUGGCCAUGUCCCCGCAGUCAAGUCAGGGUUGGAUGCCGGCGCCUAUGGAUUUAUCGGAUGCCGCCGCGGUCAAGAGUAAUUGUUAUCGGAAUGGGUCGCCGUUGACACUGCGGAGGGAUGGUAUUCGGAAGAAGAAUGCUCGGUUUGAGAUUCCGGCGGAGCGCACGUUGAGUAAUAUCGACCAGUUGAUUAGCCAGUCGACCAAUGAGGAGGAGGUGAAGGAGUUGAAGCAGCAGAAGCGAUUGUUGAGGAAUCGACAGGCAGCUCUCGACUCGCGCCAACGCAAAAAACUGCAUACGGAAAAACUCGAAGAGGAGAAAAAACACUAUACCCAUACCAUCAGUCAACUCGAGGAUAUAGUCUCCAGUCUGCAGAAGCGGGAAGCCGAGUUGAUGCGCGAGAAGAACGAGUGGAUCGCCCAGCAACAGCAGAUCACCACCUAUCUGGAGAGCAUGCACAUGGAGAAAGACGAGAUGAUCCGUUCGCACACGCUGGAGACGGCCGAACUGCGCAAGAAAAACAACAUCCUGCUCGAGACGGUCGAGAAGCUCGAGCGUGGUGGCAAACCCACCAUGGCCGAUCAAGCCCAAGCCCACGCCCACAUCCAGACUGCCGACUUUACCGGCUUUGAAAAUCUGUCUAUGGAUACCGGGCCUUGGGAUGAGUUUGGCAUGGCUAAUGGUCUUCCCAUGGAUACUGUCUCUGCUUCUCACGUCCACACGCAGUCGCAGGCACAGGCACACCCGCAAUCCCAGCCUCUUCAAGUCACCGAGCGUGCGGCCGACAAGCCCGCCUCCGACUACCCCUUCAGCUGGAACGCCUUCUACAUGUGUCUCCUCUUCGGUGCCUUCAUCGCCUCCAACGCCAACACCAGCCUUGCUGGCCGCUCCCUCCCCCAACUCUCGGAAGAGUACCGCGCCGAGUCUGCCAACGUCCUCAAAGCCGUCCUCGCUUCUUCCCCACCAGAUCUCACCCACCCCUCCGCCAUCGCUGUCUCCGCAUCCGCGCCUCAACCCUCCAUCACUAUGGACAUGACCCAGAUGGGCGCCUCGCACGCUCGCUCCUCCACGUUGGACGAGUUACACGAUACGCUCGUCCUACCUAGUGAGGAACAAGAGCGUGCCCAGGUGUUCUCGCUCAACGUGGAUCAGUAUAAUUCCUUAACUACAUUCGAGGACGACGGCGCUCCGUUCAAGGCGCAGCCCUCAAACCUGCAAGCUGCGCUGGCGGCGAUGAGGAGUAAUGCCGCGCAGCAUCGCGUGCAUGGUGGCGAGGACGUGUACUCGCGCAGCUUGAUGUGGGAGCGUGUGCCGGAGAAGGUGAUUCGUGAUUUCCGGCGUAUGGUGCAGGAGUUUGGUGGUAGUCCUGUCAAGGAGGAGAUGAUGACCUUUUAG